AUGCAUCCGGCUCCGAGCCUGCUGGAGGCACCUCCGAAAAACGGCAGUGAGGAGUCUGGCAACAGGCCCCAAACCGGCUCGCCCUCCAUGUCGCAACCUGAAUUGCCCCAGUCUCAGCACUCUCCAGUCCAACAGCAUGUGCAACCGUCGCUUCAACAGCAGCCACAAGAGCAGCAGCAGCAGCAGCAGGUUGCUCCUCAACAGCGUCAGUCUUCGCAGCAACCUCCUCCCACUCCCGGCCAGUCGGCUUCUCCUCCUCUGAGAAAGGACACCAAUUCGUCCAUCUCAACUCAGGCCACUGCGGCCUCCGCAGCCACCAAUAUGUCCGCGGACACAAGCAACACAUCGUACAGUGCCGACACCUCUCCUAACCUAACAUCCAUAUUCCAUGUCAAGGAUGGCUCCGACGUCUCUAACCGGGUCCGCGCGAGCAGGAGGCGAACCGGCCCUUUGUCCCAGCAACAGAGAGAGAAAGCCGCGCUUAUCAGGAAGCUCGGCGCCUGCAACGACUGCCGUCGUAGGAGAGUUGCAUGCCAUCCCAGCCAUCACAACAUGACAUGGGAGGAUGCUGUUAGGAAAUAUCACAGGUCUCAUAGCCCAACGAUCCAGGACAUCGCCCCGUCCAUGUCCGCGCAGCGUCCUCUCAGUCCUGCUCCCGUCAUGAACAACGUGAAGUCGAUGUACGCGCAGGACCCUCAGGAGAUGGAUAUAGACUCUCCAACGCCCCCAGGACAGCACCGACUAAGCGAAUCCCGCAUUCGUACACCACUCCCGACCGGCCCCAGGCUCGACAAGCCGCCAAUGUUGCCGGGUAUCGAGAGCCUCAAGUCGGAUCUGCAGACAAACGUUUCGAGGAUCCUUUCUACGCCCAGCCGCAGCCGCUACUCCAGCGCACAGGCUCUACUGCUGUACUGGCAAGACGACCCUGACUUUACUGUGGGAAGUUCCGUCAAGGAUCUGGGAGAGGUUUUUGACCAGUAUUACCGGUAUACGUUUUCCAUCACCACGAUCCCGUCUGCAUCGGAGGCCUGCAAGAGCCCUUGGAGAUGGCUUUCGCGGAAGAUCACCGACUUCGUGGAGGACCGCGAUCAACGGGAUGUCUUGAAGAUUGUCUACUACAAUGGCCACUCCUACCUGGACGGGAACCGGGAGAUGGUACUUGCCAGCUCCAAGGAUAAGGACAAGGCCGAAACGAUCCGGUGGAGCGGCAUCCAACAGGUGUUGGAGGAGGCUUGCUCGGAUACUCUAAUCGUCAUGGACGCCGCCUUCUUCCCGUCUUCGAAGAUGCACCGCCAGCAGGGUGUUUUGGAACUAGUUGCCGCAGCCGUUUCCGAGGAACACUUUGAUGCCCUGGACCGCUGCACCUUCACAAAGGUGCUCACCGAACACCUCAAGACGCGCGCCUCCCAACGCUUCACGAGCCCCUUCUCCGCGGCAGAGCUCCACUCGAAGCUGCUGUCCAACUACCCAUCCCUCGUCCAAGACAGGAAUCCCGAAAGGGAAACUAUCACAAGCUUUCCCUCGCCGCUCCAUAUGCAGAUGUCCGGAAACGCUCGACUACCCUCGAUCCUCCUUGCCCCACUAAACAUCGGCCCCUUGAGGACGAGCUUGCCGUUCAGUACCGAGGGCCAGCAGCUCGUCCUGUCUUUCCGCAUAGGCGACGAACCCAUGGACAUAGAUAACUGGACCGAGUGGUUGAGGAUGAUGCCAGAGGGAAUCAAGGAUGUGAGAGUCGACGGUCCUUUCCGGCCGUCCAGAUAG